CCCUGGACAGCCAGCACUGCGGGGCCGGUUAGAGAGGGGACAUGUGCACAUUCGCAUGGCAUGGCAUGGCAUGGCAUGGCAUCGCAUCGCAUCGCAUCGGCGCUGGUGGUGUGUGUGUGGCCCUCGCCCAGUCCGUGGGGGUGGCCAAAAGCCGAUCCCGCCUUCCGCCUCGCCGAUGGUCCCAUUUCGGCUUUGAUCAGAUCAGUCGAUCGAGGCGCAUCCAACGCAUAUCCAGCGCAUCCAACGCAUAUCCAACGCAUCUGAUCUAUACAAGACACAAUCCCGACCCGUUUUUUUCUGCUAUUCGAGAUGGAUCUAGGAUCGCAUUGCUCGCAUCCGGCGUGCGCCCGCCUGGACUUUCUGCCAUUUGCAUGCUCGGCUUGCCAUGCGAUAUACUGUCUUGACCACCGACAUCCUCAGACCCACGGCUGCGAAAAGUGGGAGGCGACAGAUAGGGCACUGCCAGUGUGCCCGCUUUGCAAAAACAUCCUCAAAGUCGAUGAAGACCAAGACCCAGCAACCUAUGUCGAGCUUCAUCAAAAGUCUGGAUGCAUCGAUCACGUUCUUCCGGCCCGACCGUCCGCCAAGAUUCCCUGCAGCUUUGCAGGAUGCACUGUCGCCGAGCUGUGGGCGUCCAAGUGCCGCCGAUGCGGAUCGCCGUUUUGUCUCAACCAUCGACAUCCACCAGACCACUCCUGCCCUAAUAUCGAGCUCGAUGCCAAGGCUGCACAGGACAAAAAGACAGCUAUUCAACAACUCAUAUCCGACAAGAUCCAGCCUGGAGCCCCGACGGCCAAGCUCUCCCCGCCGGUCAAGAAAGCAAAACGGUCGUCACCCGCGGUGGAGCUCAUGCGACUCAAGAUGCACGCAAAGGGCGACUCCAGCGUUCCCGCCGACAAUAGAGUGUACUUCCGGGCUUUCUUUCCCCUCGAGAGGCCUCAGCCCAGCCUUCCGUUGUACUUUCACCGAGACUGGAACAUCGGAAAAGUGCUCGACAAGAUCGCGGACGCCGGAAGGGUGUCCAACUUCAAUAACUCGCAGCCCGACAAGAAACUAUCGCUGUUCAACGUCGAGGGGCAGGCACUUCCAACGUCAUCGAGCUUAAAGGCGCUGAUUGCCAGCAAGUCCAUACAGAAUGGCUCGAUCCUGAUCCUCGAGAGAACCAUCGAGGCCAUGAUAAGUCCCGAUGCAUACCAGGACUGAAGCAUCCCAGGCUCAGCAGACAGUGCGAUUCAGAGCUUCUGCUUCGGUGUGCUGCACUCAGCUGUACUAUCUAAUCGACCAUGCUUCGUAUGACACGCCCCUAUUUCGUCCAGAGAAGACUCCCUCUCAGUCUCCUCUCUCAGCGACCCUGGACGCCCAUCGUUGUAAUGGAUAAUUGUGUGUCACAGUCCCCACAAUAGUAACGAGAACCCAUCAGUCCUAAG